GCUCAAAGUUGCAGCCGUUGGGCCCCUUUGACAUUUGCAAUGGACGAGCACUAUGUUAAUCUUUAACUCCUUCACACGCAUAAAAUAUUUGGGUUUCCGGACUAUUCAAAGGACAGGCUACGGCGUCUACCUCUUGGCAUACGAAAAGCUUGUACAACGCAAAAUGACCUGGAAUGGUAUACGGGGGGACCAGAUGGACUACAUUCUGUAUGGCGCGACAGCUGGAUACGCCCUUUGGACAGUGAUACGCCCUAUAGACAUGAUCAGGUCUAGAGUGUAGACUGGCAGAUUUACCCCGCCUGCUGGACAAAAAUAUGUUUCGGCACAAGAUUGUGUGCAGAAAGUUUGGAGAAGCAAGGAAAUCGGUAGUGGUUUGGGGCCCACUUUGAUUCGUAGACUACUGUAUUCAUAAUCAUCGAGGGUUCACCUCCCGC